GGAGAUUGACGGAUGAUAAGAACCUCCACAGGGGUUCUAAAAGCCAUCAUAUUGUCCUUCAUAAGAUUUUGUGGUAUGCCUUUAGACUUUCUCGACGAUCUUCCGAUUCAAGCAAAACCAAGCGCCAUGUCGGUAAACAACAGUUCACAGAACCAGCCCAUCAGUUCUAAGUACCAAGAGUGGCUGACAACGGAAUAUGAAUUUUGGCACGACCACAAAGUGAAAGAGCCUGUACCUGAAAAUGGCGGACCACGGCAUUUCCCUCUUUCCGAUUAUAAGCAGGAGGAGAUGGACUUAAUGGAGUAUGAUUUCGCUUCGCCCAGCGAUAUUCCUCAGGCUACCUGUGGUAUUUGCCGGGACUUUCGGCCUAAAUCCACAUUCACCUGCCUCCCAUGCGGACAUAGAUUCUACUACAAAUGUCUGAAAAAGUGGCUCAAUGACCCCCAUUUCAAUAAACUCUGCCCAAUGUGUCGGAGAAUAGGGCCUGAAUAUGCCUGCGGCCAUGAUAUUCAUGGUCAAAUAAGAGCUGGCAACAUGAUCACGGCCGAUUCGGUGAAGGGUAAAUGUUACGAGGCGUGCCCGGGUAAAUUCAAUAUCAAUGAUAUUAACAGAUGGAUCAACCAAGAACGGCAGCCGCCAAUACAAAUUGUGUUGUGGCUCGCCGGGGAAGCAAGGCAUCCACCAGAAGUGCUUGAGUGGGCUCGACAAUCGACGAAUGGUAUAAACAACAUCAGGCUGCUGAAGGAUAACGAGGAGCCUAACGAGGAAAAGUUCAUCGUGUGGUUCGUGGAGGAAAUCAUGGAAGUGGCUAUUAAGCCUAUCUGGCCUGUUUGGCUGGUUGAAGCAGGCAAUUUACGGUCCUUGGGGUUCGUCCGAAGGAACCACCGUGCUACCCAGGGGCUCGUUAGGCAUUUCGAACAUAUAUACCCAGCACGUGCGGGGGCAUAUCCUGGACUGAAGGGACGGGAAUGGAUCCGACGGGAUAUCGACAAGGGGAACCACAUAGCAAGAGGGGAGAUUCUAGUAGGGCCUCUCAUGAAUCCCUCCAUGUGGGCUGUGCGACGGUUGCACAUCGUAGACCUAAGACGCGAAAUGGUCGCAUACGGAGAAGCGACGAACCACAAAGCAGCAGAUUGCGCGGCAGAGAAGCUCAUCAAAAGAGCGCAGCAACUGGGAUCAGUUGUUAUGGAUCAAGAAUCAAACUACCUGCGGCGCCUAGCUGAGAACGAGAGCAUGGCACCACGAAUAUUGGAUGACGAAAAAACCACUGGCUCCAAUGAUACCGCCGCUUUACUGCCAAUGUUACAAUCGGAUAUCGAACAAGCCGAGAAGGACAGAGAAGCGUGUUGGAAGGAGUAUAGUUCUGCUUUUAAAAAGAUGUUGUGUCUUGAAAAAGAAUUGGACCAGCAUAGGGGCAAGUACCAUCCCUCGCGGCUCAUGGCACCCAGAAAUGCGUACCUAGACCCUAUCAUGACCGAAAGGGCCUUGGUGUUUCGUGAGACUGCAGAUGACACCCUAGACAAGAUUAUCAAAGAGAUUGACUGCUGGCUCGACGCUAUAGAAGAACACUAUCCAAAGCUGUUAUCAAUGAUUCGGACAAACUAGGAUGAUGCGAUUUGACGGCCCAGCUUCAAGAUGUUUCGCAUAUGACCGGGCGUCGGUUGAUAAGGAAUUAUUCACGUUGAUGAAGAGCAGUGAGUCUUUAACAAGCCAUGUCAAUCUGGACGAUUAGAAC